CAGUCAGCGCGUCACAGUCGUCCACGCACACGCUUCCGUCGCGCAUGUGUGGCGUGUUUCCGCCGCAGUUCUCGCGAGAGUCGGACAGCGGAAGUGUCCCGGGUCAUGUGAUCAUGUCAGAGUAGCCCGUCGUCUCCACGCAGACCUCCGGACCAGAGGAGUCCUCACCAUGCAGAACGUCUUCAACAGCGUCAAGGGCACGGCGCUCGGGGUGGCGGAGUUCCUCACGCCGGUGCUGAAGGAGUCCAAGUUCAAAGAGACUGGAGUGAUCACACCAGAGGAGUUUGUAGCAGCCGGGGAUCACUUGGUUCACCAUUGCCCCACAUGGAAAUGGGCCAGUGGGGAGGAAGUCAAGGUGAAGCCAUAUCUGCCCCCGGACAAACAGUUUCUCCUGACACGCAACGUUCCCUGUUACAAGCGUUGUAAACAGAUGGAGUAUUCAGAUGAGCUGGAGGCCAUCAUAGAGGAGGAUGAUGGAGAUGGGGGCUGGGUGGACACGUACCACAACUCAGGUGUGUUAGGAGUCACAGAUGCUGUACAAGAACUUUCACUGGACAAUAACAAGGACAAGAAUAUGAACGCCACAUCUGCAGCAUAUGGUGACGAUGAUGAAGAAGAUGAGGACGAAGAUGGAGAAGCGGCCGAUAUGGAAGAGUACGAAGAAAGUGGCCUGUUGGAAACCGAUGAGGCGACCUUGGACACCAGUAAAAUGGUUGAAGCCAAAGCCAAAGCAGAGCCUGGAGGCGAAGAUGCCAUCCUUCAGACGAGAACAUAUGACCUGUACAUCACAUAUGAUAAAUACUACCAGACACCUCGACUCUGGCUGUUUGGAUAUGAUGAGGACAGACAACCACUGACUGUAGAACAGAUGUACGAGGACAUCAGCCAGGACCAUGUUAAGAAGACGGUCACCAUUGAGAACCACCCCAACCUUCCUCCACCUGCCAUGUGCUCUGUCCACCCUUGCAGGCAUGCAGAGGUGAUGAAAAAGAUCAUUGAGACUGUGGCAGAAGGGGGAGGAGAGUUGGGAGUGCAUAUGUACCUUCUAAUUUUCCUCAAGUUUGUCCAGGCUGUCAUUCCUACAAUAGAAUACGACUACACAAGACACUUCACCAUGUAGCUUCGUGAAUCUGCCUCUGCUGAGGCGACGUGGGAGAAACGUCAGCCCUCCUGCCCGUGUGUUGAGAUUCU